AUGGGCAUUCCCAGUAUCAAGGAGCCAGCCGUGCCGUACGGCAGCGUUGUCGUCAUCUCUGGAGCCAGUGGCUUCAUUGGAUCUCACAUCGUAGACCAGGUACUUGCCGCAGGCUACAAGGUCCGAGGCACUACCCGAAAUCUGCAAAGGAGUGCGUGGAUGAACGAGUUCUUCGCAAAGCAGUACGGGCCGGAGAAAUUCGAGCUCAUUCAGGUACCAGACAUGGAUGUCGAUGGUGCUUUCGACGAUGCCGUUGCAGGAGCGUCUGGUUUCAUUCAUGUGGCAAACGACAUGACAGGAGUGUCAGACCCCAAAAUCGCCAUACCUCGGGCUGUUGCUGGAGCCCUUAACGCGCUCAAGGCAUCAGCCAAAGAGCCGUGCAUGAAGAGAUUCGUCUUCACCUCGUCUUCCUUCGCAGUGACGUUGCCCAAGCCAGGAAAACGCUUUUCUGUCACGGCAGACACGUUCAACGACGAAGCUGUCGAGCGCGCCUGGCAACCAGAUCCGGACGGCACAUCGGUGUAUGCCUGCAGUAAAGUGGAAGCAGAGCGAGCCAUCGCCAAGUGGGCCGAGGAGAACAAUCCUUCAUUGAUCGUCAAUACAAUCCAGCCUAAUGCGAACAUUGGCCCAGUGCUCAGCACUGCCCACCAGGGCUACCCAACCACAGCCGGGUGGGUUAAGAAAGUCUGGGACAAGGACUACAAGGGACUGGAGCAUAUCCUGCCUCAGCACUAUGUCCAUGUCCAGGAUGAUGCACGCCUUCAUGUCAUUGCACUGGCUCACCCUGAGGUUCAGAAUGAACGGAUUUUCGCCGUUGCUGGGCCCUUUAACAUGAACAGUAUCAUUGACAUAUUGCGCAAACUACACAAAGACAGAAACUGGGAAGCAUUUCCAGAUGACGCUCGGGAUCUUUGCACCUUCGUACCGACCCAGAGGGCAGACAGCCUGUUGAAAGAGACGUUCGGCCAAGGAUUCAGGAGCAUGGAAGAGUCUGUCAAAGAUAAUGCAGCAGGCCUAUCCUAG